CGCCGCUCCGCCCGCACUUGGAUGCGCGCCCCGCGCCCCGCUCCCCGCCGUCGCGCCGGGCAGGCUGGAGCCGCCGCCGCGCUCUGAACCCGCGGACACCUCGCUCCCCGCCGCGCUCCGACGCUGUCCGCCCUCGGCUGCCCCGAAAACGCCGCUCCCUCGGCUGAAGCCAUGCCCUGUGUUCAGGCUCAGUAUGGGUCCUCGCCUCAAGGAGCCAGCCCGGCCUCCCAGAGCUACAGCUACCACUCCUCGGGAGAAUACAGCUCCGAUUUCCUAACUCCGGAGUUUGUCAAGUUUAGCAUGGACCUCACCAACACCGAAAUCACUGCCACCACUUCUCUCCCCAGCUUCAGUACCUUUAUGGACAACUACAACACGAGCUACGACGUGAAGCCCCCCUGCUUGUACCAAAUGCCCCUGUCCGGACAGCAGUCCUCCAUUAAGGUGGAAGACAUUCAGAUGCACGGCUACCAGCAGCACGGCCACCUGCCCCCCCAGUCCGAGGAGAUGAUGUCCCACUCGGGCUCCGUCUACUACAAGCCCUCGUCGCCCCCGACCCCCUCCACGCCCGGCUUCCAGGUGCAGCACGGCCCCGUGUGGGACGACCCCGGCUCCCUGCACAACUUCCACCCCAACUACGUGGCCACCACGCACAUGAUCGAGCAGCGCAAAACGCCCGUGUCCCGCCUGUCCCUGUUCUCCUUCAAGCAGUCGCCGCCCGGCACGCCCGUGCCCAGCUGCCAGAUGCGCUUCGACGGCCCCCUGCACGUGCCCAUGAACGCCGAGCCGGCCGGGCCGCACCACGGCGUGGACGGGCAGGCCUUCGCCGUGCCCAACGCCAUCCGCAAGCAGCCCUCCAUGGCCUUCCCCGGGCUGCAGCUGGGCCACGCGCCGCAGCUGCUGGACAGCCAGGUGCCCUCGCCGCCCUCCCGCGGCUCCCCGUCCAACGAGGGGCUGUGCGCCGUGUGCGGGGACAACGCGGCCUGCCAGCACUACGGCGUGCGCACCUGCGAGGGCUGCAAGGGCUUCUUCAAGCGCACGGUGCAGAAGAACGCCAAGUACGUGUGCCUGGCCAACAAGAACUGCCCGGUGGACAAGCGCCGCCGCAACCGCUGCCAGUACUGCCGCUUCCAGAAGUGCCUGGCCGUCGGCAUGGUCAAGGAGGUGGUGCGCACAGACAGCCUAAAAGGCCGGCGGGGCCGCUUGCCGUCCAAACCGAAGAGCCCCCAGGAGCCUUCUCCCCCCUCUCCCCCGGUGAGUCUGAUCAGUGCGCUGGUGAGAGCCCAUGUCGACUCCAACCCGGCUAUGACCAGCCUGGACUAUUCCCGGUUCCAGGCUAACCCCGACUACCAGCUGAGCGGUGACGACACCCAGCACAUCCAGCAGUUCUACGAUCUCCUGACCGGCUCCAUGGAGAUCAUCCGAGGGUGGGCGGAAAAAAUCCCCGGCUUCACCGACCUCCCCAAAACGGACCAGGACCUGCUCUUCGAGUCCGCCUUCCUGGAGCUGUUCGUGCUGCGCCUGGCGUACAGGUCCAACCCCGUGGAGGGGAAGCUGAUCUUCUGCAACGGGGUGGUCCUGCACCGGUUGCAGUGCAUCCGUGGCUUUGGGGAGUGGAUCGAUUCCAUCGUGGAGUUUUCCUCCAACCUGCAAAACAUGAACAUCGACAUCUCUGCCUUCUCUUGCAUCGCUGCCCUGGCCAUGGUGACAGAGAGGCACGGGCUUAAGGAACCCAAGCGGGUGGAAGAGCUUCAGAACAAGAUUGUAAAUUGCCUCAAAGACCAUGUGACUUUCAAUAACGGGGGGCUGAAUCGCCCCAACUACCUGUCCAAACUCUUGGGGAAGCUCCCCGAACUCCGCACGCUUUGCACACAGGGGCUGCAGCGCAUUUUCUACCUGAAACUGGAGGAUUUGGUGCCACCGCCAGCAAUAAUUGACAAACUUUUCCUGGACACUUUACCUUUUUAAGACUCUUCCCGUACGCUUCCGCUGACCCGAGGAGAAGCUCCAGCUGCCUGAAGGGGAGCUGGUCUGGGCCCAGAGCAGCACCCCUGGGUGCCAGCUCCCACCCAGCAAACUCCUGCAGGCAGAGCACGAUGGGCAUUUUGGCUCUGGGGCAUCAUGGAUGCGGCUCAUGGACCACACAGAUACCAUGGUAUAAACUUUUUAUUAUCGGCUUCUCAAUGAAUUUGUUGUUAAGGACUCCUGGUGCGAAAGACAAGCCUGCCUGGCUCACGCGGUGACAACCCGAGCCUCGGGGCGACCCACGAGUCUCACCCUCCUAAAGACUAAAGUUUUCUGCUGUAAAAGAAAGCUGUAAUAUACCCAAACCCCAAGCGUUGCGUGGGUGGCGUGGCAUUAAUGAAGGCGAAGGCUUGUAAAUUUAUCAGAUGCAGUUUGGCUUUUUACAAAAAAAAAAAAAAAAAAAAAAAAAAUUCUUCUGUGCCUAUUUAUGAUGAAACAUGGAAAAUAAUUCUAAAAAAAAAAAAAAUUAAAUAAAAAAUAAAAGCUAAAUGUGUUUGGGUAAAAAAUAAUUAAAAAAAAAAAAAGGAGAAUCAAAAAAAAAAAAAAAGAAAAAAAAAAAGAAAACCCAAUCUGUCCAUACCAGGGAAGCAUGACGAUUCCAGGGUGACAAUGUUAUAGGCACUUGCUAUUUCAGUAAUGUCUAUAUUCUAUAAAUAGUAUUUCAGACACUAUGUAGUCUGGUAGCUUUUAUAAAGACUGGUAGUUAUCUAAGCUUCAAACAUUUUCUCAAUUGUAAAAUAGGUGGGCACAAGUGUUACCCCCCGGAAUCCCCCCCAAAGGGACACAUAGUGUUUGUAAACACCGCCCGACACCCCUUGUUUGUAAGUGUUGUAUGUACUGUUGAUGUUGAUUAAAGAAGAAGUUUAUAUCUUGAUUAUUUUGUUGUCUAAAGCUAAACAGAUCUUGCAUGCAGCAGCUUUUGACUGUUUCCAGAGUGCUUAUACUAUACAUAACUCCCUGGAAAUUACUGAGCACUUUGAAUUCUUGGUUUGUUUUGUUCCAUUUGUUUUUUUAUGUCUAAAAAUUGUCGGUUAAUAUAUUAUUUUAUGUUCGAGUAAUAUUUUUAAUAUUGCCAUAUUCUGUAGUAUUUUUCUUUGUAUACCCCGGUUUGGCACACGGGAAAGUCGCUGCCUUUUUUUAAUAUGGUGUACGACAGUUAGAAACGCGGAUUAUUAUUAUUAUUAUAAUUAUUAUUAUUAUUAUUUUUUCUCCCGAGAACUCUUUCUUUGAGAAAGACAAUUUUAAUGUUUACAACAAUAAAACAUGUAAACGAA